AUUUCUGAAGUUCGCUUUCCAAGGUGAGCUUGACACUCACAAUAUGGCGGACAAGCUAACGUGUCGUUUCUACAAAGCGCCGUAGUCAGUUUGUUUACGAUAGAGGGCGCUGUCGCUAACAGUGAAACAACAGUCAAACAACAGCUGGCGGUUAGCAAGCGCCACGGAGCGGGACUCUUGAAAUUAUUAACAGUUUGCCAGACUUUUUGAAGGUAUUUCAGCUAUGAAUAGUCAGACAGAAAUAAAUAUGUGAUUAGUUCAAAAGAUACUUAGCCAAAACAAUACAGUAAUGGGAUUAUUUUUGCUUCAAACUAACGUUUAAGAAUUAAUUCUUGAGAUGAAACUGAACGCUUAGUUCGUCGUCUAACAGUCUCAGUAUUUUGGACGCUAACUAGCUAAGAAGCGAAGAACAGCAACUGCGAAGUGGGGACUAUGCCUCCUAAGAAGCAGCAGCUGAAGCCGACCGCAGCCAACGUCUCCAGCUCACUGGACCUGGAGUCCGAGGACCUCAGCCUGGAGACAACGGUGCCUACCACCGAGGAUGUGUCUUCGUCCGACGAGCAACGCAACGGCUCCCAGAAGGUGACCCGUCAGCUGAUCGAGAGGAAGGAGCUGCUGCACACCCUCCAGCUGCUGAAAAUAGAACUUUCUCAAAAGAACCUCAUCAUAGACAACAUGAAGGCUGACCACAUGUCAAAGGUCGAGGAACUGGAGGAAAAGCUAAAUGACGCCAUACAUCAAAAACAAGUGUUGUCGCUUAAACUGGACAGCCAGCUCAAGCUCGCACAAGAAGAAAACAAGAAGCAGCAGGCUCUACGCAAGCAGGAGAUGGAGACCAUCCUGCUGAGGCAGCGGCAGCUGGAGGAGACGAACCGCCAGCUGUGUGAGAAGGCCGGAGAACUGCGGCGGUCUCUCCGAGAUCUGGACAUUCCCCGGGACCGCUACCAGGAGCUCCGGGGCGUGCCCGACGACAGAAUCAGCAUUCAGGAAUACCUAGCCAUGCGUUUCUAUGAGGCUGUGACUCCUCUCCGCUCUCAACUGGCUCAGCUCGGUGAGCAGAGGAGCUACCUGGCCGAGGAGCUGGACGUCCACAGAAACAAGAUGAAGCUUUUGAUGGAGAGCUACGAGGAAGAGCGGCGGCUGCGCUCUGAGCUGGAGCUGAGGAGCCAGAGGCUGACCUUAGAGCUGGCCGACACCAAACAGAACAUCCAGCAGGGCGACUAUCGCAGAGAGAACUACCCAAAUAUCAAGCGGGAGCGCGAUGACUUUGAAACGGAGCUGAAGGAGCUGAAGAGGAAGUUUGAGACGGUGGACUUGUCUCACGCGGCGCUGACCAGAGAACGGGACACGCUGAGCAACGAGGUGGCGACAUUGCAGCAGUCAGUGACUCUCCUGCAGAAGGACAAGGAGUACCUGAACAGGCAAAACAUGGAGCUCAGCAUCCGCUGUGCACACCAAGAAGAUCGCGUAGACAGACUGCAGGUACAACUGGAAGACACGAAGAAAGCCAGGGAGAACACGUAUGAAAAAUAUGUAGCAUCCAGGGACUACUAUAAGUCAGAGUACGAGAGCAAGCUCAGAGAGGAGUUGGAGAACAUCAGACUGAAAACCAGUCAGGAGAUCGAGAACCUGCAGAGAAGCUCCAGAGAACUGUACGAGAGGGAGAACAGGAAUUUGCGCGAAGCCAGAGACAAUGCAGUCCUGGAGAAAGACCGAGCCGCCGCCGCCGAGAAGGACGCUCAGGCGAGAUACGACCAGCUGCUGGAGCAGUUUCGUCAGCUCCAGCUGGGCACUGACAGCCGGGUGGCGGAGCUGUCCAGCCAGGCCAAGCUGCACUCCUUCGAAGCCGAGCGCGCUCACUUGCUCAAGGAGGAGACGGCGAAGGCGCUAGCUCAGUGCCAGGUGGAGUGUGAGAAACAGCAGAAGAAGCUUGAGUUAUUGACUCAGGAGUUUUACAGGCUCCAAACGUCGUCCGAGAAGCGGGUGGCGGAGCUUCAAGCCCAGAAUGCAGAGCAGGCGUCCCGGCUGGAGACGUACGAGAAACUGGAGCAAGAGUUGGACCAGGUCACCAUGCAGGCGGCUGAAAUUGAGAAUGAGGAGGAGGCAGAGAGAGUUCUGUUCUCAUACGGAUACGGCGCAAAUGUUCCCACAACGGCCAAAAGAAGACUGAAGCAAAGCGUUCAUCUGGCUCGCCGGGUGCUGCAACUCGAGAGGCAGAACACCUUACUGAGGAGGGACCUGGACAGACACCAGAACCAGACGGGACAGAUGUCUCAGGAGCUGUCCGCGGCCAACCAGCUGCUGCAGCAGACUCAGCAGCCUUACAGCUUCCUGAUCGACACGGUGAGAGAAAAGGAUGCGGCGAUCAGGGCGCUGAGGGAGCGCGUCUCCUCUCUCGAGGACGACGUCAGUUCUUUGAGGAAAGAGCGAAAUGCUUUGCAGCAAGUGAAGAAUGACAUGGCAGCCGACCUGGAGCGACUUCUCAACAAUAAAGAGCUGGAUAGUGGAAAUACUCAUCCUUACCAUUUCUGGGAAAAUUUUGCUACUCAAGGCCAAAGCCUGCUUUGCUACCACAGCGAAUGUGUUUUUUUGUUUGAUUCCCGGUUUGUUCUGUUGAAAAUACACCAAAAGUUUGGUAGGAACAGUAAAGUUCGGUGGUUAUAUACACAGACAGAUUCAUAUCUGUCACAUAUUCAACAACCCUCCGCUUCAGCUGUCAAUUUCGAGGACAAAGAUCCUGUGAGCGUACAUGAACACAUUAAAAAAAUUAAGUCCUUUAAUCGUCAGAAUAAAUGUGUAACAGGAGUGAAUGAAUGAGUGAGUUUCUGCAUUAGAGGAAGAAAGUAGUGCUGUCGCUCUGUACUCCUAACUGCCCUGAUUUAUAUCUGCUAUGCAGUAAAUUUGUUCAUAAUUGCUUCAUUCAAUCAAAUUAUAGUCAGAAUAAUAACUCUUUAGAUAGCAUUUAAA